AUGUUGAUAUAUAGAGAAUGUGUACAGGUGUGUUGGUGUGUAGGUGUGGGUGUAAGUGUGUAGGUGUUGUUGUAGGCAUGCUUUAUCCUUGUAUGGAGAAUGUUUUCCGGAGUGUGGGGUGUAUAUACGGGUAUAUGUGUAGGUGUAGAUGUUGGUGUGCUGUUUAACAUAUUGUUUAUGUGCAAUGGCUAGAGGUUUUAGUGCUAACUUCGUUGAUCCCGUGGAUGACAAUGAUACUUGUUGUAUCUGUUUGCUUGCUUUUUGUGAACCAAGAGUCACUGAGUGUGGCCAUGAAUUCUGUCGUGGUUGUUUGGGUCCCCUUUACAAGGCAGGUAGGCUGACUUGCCCCAUUUGUAGAGAAGAGUUGAGUCAAUCUGAAGUCUAUCCAAACAAUGCUUUAAAGCGAAGAAUACUAGACAAGGAGAUAAAGUGUGAUCUCUGUGAUGAUGGUUGCAAGUGGAUAGGCAAGCUGAGACACAGAGAUGAACACAACAAGUCAUGUGAGUAUGUUAAAGAGGAUUGUCCAAAUCAAUGUGAGAUGAGUUUGACGAGAUGCAGAAUGGCAAAUCAUCUUGAGAAUGAUUGCAUCAGGAGACAAGUGAAAUGCCAGUAUUGCUCCAAAAAAAUGGAGCAACGGGAGAAGCGCGCACAUUUUAAAUUAUGUGGCAGCUUCCCAGCUUCUUGCAGGCAGGAAUGUGGAGACAAGGUUCCUAGAGGAAAAAUGAAGCACCACGUUAGUCGACAAGGAUCUUGCUCAAAAAGUUACCUUGACUGUGACUACAAGGGGAAAGGAUGUGAGUUUUCUGGCAUACGAAGUGACUUGGAACAGCAUCUAGAAUCAGAUGUUGCAGAACAUCUUUGGUGUGUUGUAUCUGACCUGGAUACUGCAAGGGAGAGUAUUGAAGAACAAGAGAAUGACAUCCAGAGUUUGGAAUCACAGUUCGUUAAGGCCACAAGGGAAAUAAAGGAACUGAAAGAACGACUACAAAAAGUUGAAGAUGGAAAAGGAUUUGUCUAUUGGUGGCCUGUCGUCAUCCAGUUCAGGAAUGGUUACACGUUCUCAAGCCCAUCUUUUUACACAGGCAAUCCUGGAUAUCAUUUGAGGAUUGACUUGAAAUUUAAUGCAGAGAGAAUGUCAGAUGUCAGUCUUAUGGUCAAAGCUGUUGAGGGUUAUUAUGAUGAAGAACUGGAAUGGCCUUUUCCUUAUUCAUUCACCUUGGCAAUAGUGGAGCAAGAAGAGACACCUGGAAAUGCUUUUCGUCUGCGAUUUAAUCCACCAUUUGAUGGCGGUCUGACUGGUCCAAACACAAAGGGUGGUGGUAGCUCAUGUUUUAUUAGAGAGGGGCAGCUGCGUAGGCUUUUCUCUAUUAAAGAUGAACCGCUUAUGAUUCAGCUGUGUGUGAACAUAUAAUGCGUGACUGACAAAGUCGAAGAUUGAACUGUUGUUACAUUGUAGUUGUUGUCGAGUCAAAAGACACUUGACUGUUGAUGUUUCGCUACUUGUUGUUGACUAAUUUGUAGGUUUGAAUGGUAGUCUAGCUUGAGUCUGUUCUUACAAGGUCAUGAAUCAAACUGAUAGUGAAGAGUCUCUCAUAAUGGCAAUAGAAACUAGUGCCGUUUGUGCAUGGCAUAUAAAGUUGCUUACAAAUAGUAUGGAAGUUGAUAUGGUAUUGUAGAACAGUUGUGUUUGUUCUGUAGGACAGUGUGUUUGACAAUGUUUUGUGUCU